CGCAUUAAUAAUGUUAUAAAUCUCACUUCUAUCACACUCUAAGCCAAGUGAACGACACAGAAUCGAUAUCACACUCUUAACGAUGUCGAAAGAAGAAGUGACUGAAGAAGGAGAGGUGUUCUCUCAUGGUCAGCAACCUAGAGACUACAGCGAACCGGCACCGGCACCGCUCUUUGAUGCCGGAGAGCUCAGCCUCUGGUCUUUUUACAGAGCCGUGAUUGCCGAGUUCAUCGCCAGCCUUCUGUUUUUGUACAUCACAGUCGCUACAGUAAUAGGGUAUCAAAAAGAAUCGAACCCAUGCGACACUAUUGGAGUCUUGGGAAUUGCAUGGUCUUUCGGAGGCAUGAUUUUCAUCCUUGUAUAUUCCACUGCUGGAAUUUCGGGUGGUCACAUAAAUCCAGCGGUGACGUUCGGAUUGUUCUUGGCAAGGAAGGUUUCGUUGGUAAGGGCAGUGGCAUACAUAGUGGCACAGUGCUUGGGAGCAGUAUGUGGAGUUGGGUUGGUAAAGGGAGUGAUGAAGCAUUACUAUGAAAGCUCACCAGGUGGAGGUGCCAAUACUGUGGCUGCUGGCUACUCUAAUGGAACCGCUUUGGGAGCUGAGAUUAUCGGAACUUUUGUGCUGGUCUACACCGUCUUCUCUGCCACCGAUCCUAAGAGAAACGCACGAGAUUCUCACGUACCUGUUUUGGCCCCGUUGCCGAUUGGGUUUGCGGUGUUUGUGGUGCACUUGGCCACGAUUCCCAUGACAGGGACCGGGAUCAACCCUGCUCGGAGCUUGGGAGCAGCCGUCAUCUUCGACAACCAUAACGUUUGGGACGAUCAGUGGAUAUUCUGGGUUGGGCCCCUUGUUGGGGCACUGGCUGCCGCAAUUUACCAUGAGCACAUAUUGAGAGCCGCCGCCAUAAAGGCUUUGGGAUCUUUCAUAGCCCGCUGACUUACGACUCAGAAGCCACAAAGUAUCCAGGGCUGUCUAUACAGAAAUGUAUAUUUGCUUAAUUGCUUUGUAAUUUUUUUCGAUGGAAUUUUCGUUGUUUGUGUAUAUAUGUUUGAAGUGUGGGUUGGUUGUAAAAUGCUUUAUGCACCAUAUCCUUCUAUGUAUUCUAUGGGUUGUAAUCAAUAGAUUGGGAUAGUUUAUUAAUUA